AUGAUAUUUGUACUACUAUUAUUGAUAUCUUAAACAAAUGCUCUUUAUUCAAAGAAACUCUAUAGAACUAGAGGUUUUAAUGCUAUUGAUAUUGAUCUGGAGAAAUAUGAUGAUUUGAAUUAAGGAUCAACUACUAUAAAUAUCAUACUUGAAAAUAAUUCACUUUCAACUGUUCCUUUUUUAGCAUAUUGCAAUACAAAGAAUCAAUAAAUUAUAAAAUCGAUUGUCAGCUCUCCUGAUGCUAUAAAGAAACAAAUUGAAUCAAAUAAGUAAGCAAUGAGAAUUGAUCAUUAGGAAAUUAUGUGUGUUCGAUAACAAUGCUUUGUUAUAUUCAUAACGCGUUUAGCAGAUUGUAUUAUCAGAUUAAAUCAAUGAUGAAAACGAGUGGGCUUAUAAUAAAUUUAGCAUAUAUAAGUUAAACGAAAAACAAAUCUCCAUUUAUAUCUAUUCAUCUGAUGAUUCUUAAUACACCAUCAUAAUUAAGGGUUCCUAGAAAGGAGAAUGCUAUAAGUUAUUUUUUCAUCUAAAUUAGUUAAUGCAAUAAUUAUGGUUUGUGUAUGAGUAAUUAAAUACUAUUUUGUUAAUGCAAUGAAGGUUAUAUUGAUAGCACUUGUUAAUUAUUAAGUCCUGUUAUAAAUGCCCCAAGCUUGGUUUAGGUAUAUUACAUUAUAAUUAUAGUUUGAAUUGAAAGAAAAGUCUUUUAAAAAUAUUCUAACCAUUCCUUUAAAGUCUAACCCAGCUUCCUUAGAAAUUGAAGUAAAUACGAAUGCCAGUAUAAAAACAUAUAUUGGAUGCCAACACGACAAAGACUUUAUUCCAUUUUCUGAGAGUAAUUCAUUUUAUCAAACUGAAAUUUCGACUGGAACAAUCAGAUAUUCAAAAGAUGAUAUUCAGUAUUGCCUUGAUAAUACUAAUAAAAUAGAAUAAACUUUGGGAUUCAGAAUGGAAAAUUUUGUUAUCUUAUUGUUAGUUAAUGAUCAAACAUACAAAACCUAAGUUGCGUUAAAACUCUACAUUAGUACCAACUAAGAUGACACUUCUGGUUUGGAAAUAUAUUAUAUCUUGGCUGGUGCUUUAGGGGCUCUAAUAAUUGCCUUACUAAUAAUUAUAUGUGUGAUUUAUUUUUAAAGAAAGACCAGAAGAAUAAAUAAUGGAGCGUUAAACAAUCUUAAUCUAAGAUCAUUUUCAGUUAAGGGAAAUACUAAUAGAAGUCUUAGAUAGGAUUAUAUUCCAGUGGAAUUGUAUGAAUAAAUUAUUCAGGAAUACCCCGGAUUAGUAGAAAUUUCUGAUUGUUAAAUAUGUCUUGUGGAAUUUUAGAAAUAAGACCUAGUCAAAUUAACAUAUUGCCUACAUUUAUUUCAUUCUACUUGUAUAGAUGAAUGGAGGAAAAGAAAUCAUGUAAGCAAAUCACAAAUAUACAUAGACCUGUCCAUUUUGCAGAGAGGACUUAAACAAACAAAAGCGCAUACAACAAAAAUAAGAAGAUUAAAUCUAUUAGUUGGGAGUGAUUUCAGGUGAUGCGAUGUAAAUAGAUGAAUAAAAACUUGCAGAGUUCCAAAAGAGAGAAUAAAGAUUAAAACAUUUAUAAUGUAAUUUUUACUACAAAUUAAUCAUAGAAACAUCCUCACCUGACUCUGCUAAUGCAAUGCAAUAAAAUGGAAAUACCCCAUCGCCAUUUUUAAAGGGAGAUUUAAUAACUUAGUAGCUUUGCGUUUAAUCUGGGAAUUGA